AUGGAGGCUGCCGCGGACGAGGGCAUGGCGGCGUGCGAGGCGAUUCGCGCGGCGCUCGCGUCCGACGAUGACCGCGUCGCCUUCGACGACGCCGUGUUCGUCGCGAGGGAGAUACUGGACCUGCACGACGGCACCCCGCACGACGGCACCCCGACGGCACCCUCGGCACCCACGGAGACGGAGACGACGGAGGCGUCGCACCCGCUGGUGUUAGAGGCGUCCGCGCUCAGGGAAGGGGGCGUCGACGAACUUUUGGAAAUCGCCGGCGACGUCGCGGCCGCGCUGGAGCGACGAGCGACCGACGCCGUCGACGCCGUUCGCGGCGCGGAGGGCGCGGACGCGCGCGUAUCGGCGGCGACGCGGCUUCGUCUGCUGGACGAGGCGGACGAGCUCGUGGCCGAGAUGCGCGGCGAAUGCGCCAGACGCGUCGCCGCGUUUGCUCUCGUAAUCGUCUCGCAUCUGCGAAUAGCGCAAUCGGGGGAGGGUUUCGCACAGGGUCCAACAGCGUUGGGGUCCUCCGUCGCCGAUCGCGCCGGGGAGACGCGCGCGGCGGUGGACGGCGCGCUGAGAGAGCUGGAAGGGUACGCGAAGGACGCGGCGGAGGCGCUGAGGGCGUCCACCGCGGACGUCGACGCCGCGUUGGGGGUAAUGGAGGUAUCUUCCGACGGAUCAAAAAACGAAUCGUCGGGUUUUGCGCCUCCGGUGGCUUCCGUCGGCGCGGCGGCGGCGGAGGCGUGCGCCGGGACGUGGGUUGGGAUCGUGCGGGAUGUUGUGGCGGACGCGGCGCAGUGCGUGGUGUUCCCGCUGGUGGCCGCGUCGAGGAGCGGGGGGACGGAGGCGCAGGCGGCGGGGGGCGAGUGAGACGGUUGUUAGUUUACGGAUUUUUGCCAAGGAAAUGAUUCAUUCACGCGA